UGGUAAUCCUUAGCUCGGCGUGUUUCUUACAAAUCUACGUCCAGCGUAGCAGACACCGCAUCAUAUGAUUCGUUGCUCUGCCAUGCAGCAUCCGCGGAUGAUCAAUACUGCGCAUGACCGUAUCCAUCCAGUCGCCCUGGCCAAAAUGGCGAGCGUUUGGCGUUCGCGAGACCUUCUCGCCCCGAAAGCUUCCUUGUUCCCUUCCGUUUCACUGUCGACCUUCGCGUUUCGUUUGACAUGCAAUCGGUGAUCUCGACUCCCUGUUUCAUCAGAGGCUCGGGGGUUCUGCAAGUGCUGGCUGUUGCAAGUAUUUUAGCAGUGUCGACGAAUCGCAGCGACCUGGUUUUGCCGGGGACCCCUGGAAAUGUAAUUGCACCUUUUGCUUUUUGAAGACGGUGAAGAGAGAACAAGAGCUAUGGGUAGCAGCUGUUCUUCUGCACAAAAGAAGGAUAAGGAUCGUUCGAAGAAGAAGAAGAAAGGCUGUUCUCCUGAAGGGAGACGACGCAGUUCAGUGCGCUCCACAGACAGCCUGCCAUAUGGCAAGGAGUCCACACCACCACCUUCGCGAUCUGACCCAUCUGUUACUGCCACUGCUGGAAGUACAGCGCCUCCUUUAGCUCCAGUUGACACCUCUUUAACAGAAGUGCAGCAGAAUAGUGGCUCCCUUGCAUCUCCAGCCCCUCAGGUCACAAGCCCAGCACCAGGCAGCGAGACCUUCUCUGAUGAUGGGUUGCCAUGCCUGCAAAGCUUUCCAGAUGAUGUGCAGGCACUGUUGCUUGGCCGGUUGGGUGCUGUGCCUGCAUCCUUGUUGGCUGCAGGCAGCCGGCUCAUCAGCCUAUAUAUCUGCUGUGGCCUGGCUGAUAUGGAGAUUGAGCGCACACACUUGGAACAGCAUGUCUAUCCCAGUGUCCGUGCCUAUGCUGCUGACAAAGGCUAUGAUCUCAAUGUGGUGGACCUUCACUGGGGCAUCCAUGUGGAGGCCAUGGAUCGUGACACCUUUGCACACCUUUGCCACCAGACCAUUGCACGACUGCGCACUCAAGGCCACUUUCUGGCACUGGUACUUCUCAAUGAGAAAUUGGAAAACCAGCUACCACACAUCUUGCCUGCCAGCUUGCCUAGCGAUGUGCUGAUGUGUGUUAUUGAUGCUGUGGAGUCAUCAGAACAGAGGCAGCUGCUGCUCGACUGGUACAUAGAAGACCUGAACAGUGUCCCAAAGUGUUAUAGACUUCGUGCUAUACGUGAACGCAUACCAGACAUCAUGUCUGUGAAUCCCUCAGCACAGAGUGCUGCUUUUGAAUUAUGGCAAAAGCAGGCAUCACUGAUGGUGGAGGCACUAAGAUCUGCUCUGUCUACAGAACAGCGUGGGAAAUAUCUCGUUUCAGUGGUAGAAGAGGAACUGGAAGCUGCUGUGCUGACUGAAAGCCAAAAACCACUUUGUUGUCUUUGGAUGGAGCGAAGGUUCACUCACAGGGGUCCCCAGCGGAGCAAUAGUGUUGUUGGCACAUUAGUGGAACCAGCUGAGGGCACUGGCCCCGUUGACCUCUCCGACUCAAAACGGUACAACCUUGUCAGGGCUCAGCUGGAGGACAGGCUUCCUGAGUCACAGAAGCUGGUGCUACGUGUGAAGUGGUCAAAGGAAGGGCCCAAUACUCAGGAGAAUACUGAGUAUUUUGAUGAGCUAAGCAGUACGCUUAGCCGGGAUCUGAAAGCCAUGGUAGACACUGUUGUUGAAGAAGAUGGAAAUGAUGAAACAACUCGACCGUGCCGAGGCAUAGAGCAACAGCUUUAUGUGGAGCUAGUGCAGCAGGCCCAGAUGUGCGUGUCUCUUGCGGAAACCUUGAUAGGACGAACAGAGACCCUUGCUCAGCUGGAGAAGUAUCUUCGGAGCAAGCUUCGCCAUCCACUUGUUUUACAUGGCGUCAAAGGCAGUGGAAAGAGCACUCUGGUGGCCAAGGUGGCUCAGCUGUGCGAGACCUGGGUGCCUGAUGCACCUGUCAUUGUGCGCUUUGUGGGCACAUCACCCGAUUCAGACACCCAGCAGCAGCUACUGCGAAGCAUUUGUGAGCAGUGCUGUGCACUCUAUGGAAUGCACUCAAUAUUCGCAUCCAAGAGCAUUUCUGAGCAGCGUGAAGUACUAGGCGUUCUCUUGGACAAGGUGUCAUCUCAUAGGCCUCUGGUCAUCCUCCUUGAUGGGUUGGACCAGGUCACCAAACAUAGUGCUUAUACCUUUGACUGGCUGCCGUCUGAGUUGCCUCCCUAUGUCAAGGUGGUGCUUACAGUCCGCGAUGGAAGUAAAGAACUUGAGGACCUCAAGGCUAAACUCAAGAAUCAGGAGCAAUGCUUCAUAGACUUGGGACCUUGUGGUGUAGAGCAAUGCAAGGACAUUUUCCAGAGAUAUUUGGAAAAAUGUAGCAGAACAGUCAGUGCUAAGCAGUUGGAAAGUGUCAGUGCAUCAUUGCAGAAGUCACCAAGCCCUCUAUUUGCCACACUUCUAGCAAGUGCUGCAUCACACUGGCAAGGAGCAGAUGAACCUUCCACGUUUCACUCUGAAGCUGAAGUGGUGUCGUUUCUUCAUGAUCAACUAAAGAAGGAGGUGCAUCCCAAGGUCACAUCCUUAGUGUUGGGACUCUUGAGUGCCUCACGCCACGGACUUUCUGACAAAGAAAUUAUUGAUGUGGUCUCAUCAAAUGAAUCGCUACUUGCUGAAAUGCCUCUAGUACAUCACAAGAGGCCACUGACACGAUGCCCAUUUGCUGUUUGGGCCUUGGUGCAAGCAGGCUUGGAUAAUUUUCUGAGGGUGAUGGUUGUAGAAGGGUAUGUGCUCAACACAUGGUGUGGUGAUUUGUUUCGGACGUUGUGCACAGAGCAUGGUCCAAGUUUGGAGGUUGCUCAUGUGUGCACAAUGGCACUCUUCGACUAUUUUCAGUCUGUCUCAAGCAUGGAUGUCUCAUCUGUUACAAGUGCAACUGAAGCAGAUAAAGGGACCCAGCGUGAUCUCCCUCAUAUCCCCAAAAAUGCAGUUUUUUCAAAUAGACGGAAACAUAAUGAACUGCCAUUCUAUAUCCUGCACCUCAUCAGCCUGGCACGUGAAAAACUGGCAAGCGUUGACACACUUCUGUCAAGACUUCAGGUAGCUAAUGGGCCAGCUGGUGACAGUGCACCUGUAAAAUGCAGUGACAGUGGUGACAGCGUUGAAGCUCUUGGACAGGUUGUUCGGAGCCAAUUCCUGCUGAAUCCUGAGUGGCUGCAGAUAAAGGUCUGCUGCUGUGACCCCUACUUUUUGCUUGAAGAGCUCGACAUGUUCUUGAAUUUGAAUCCUGCUGACAUGGAAUGUGCUAUGCUUCGAGAACUGGUUCAGUUGUCCAGCUAUGCAUUGCGCUAUGAUGGAAGACAAUUCGCAGCACAUGUAACAGCACGGUUCCGAAAGAUAAUUGCUUGUGAAACAUCUGAUCUAAAAUUUCCCCAUCUAAAGAACCUCUAUGAAAUGGCGCGUCGGUUUCCCUCUUUGGUGCCAGUCAGUGACUAUCUGCGUGAACCAUCCAAAGAGCCAGCAUCAACAGCUGUACAUGAAGAGGAAAAGGGCCGAACAUUGGGGCAGCUGUACACCAUCAAAGGUGAUGCAAGUCACAUGGUGUCGCUGAACCGCAGUGACCUGUUAGUGUGGGAUGUGUUUGGUGAGAGCAUCGUGCGGCGCCUUACCGGCUUGUUGGAGCCCCGGGACCUCAAAAUGGUGGACCGCUUCCGUGCCUUAGUGCUCUGCAACCGGGAACUUAAGGUAUAUUCGCUAGAUGAGGGACGUCUCCUGGUGAAAUUGAAAGGGGUUAUGAACCAGAAGAUGGCGUACUUUGGUUUGCACAGUCAGGACUAUGUGGUGGCACUCUCCAGGAAUCGUAUGUACGUAAAUAUGCUCAACCUCAGCAGUGGAGACUUGGAGACUACCUUUAAAGUGGGAGAGGACAGGUUUCUCAACAGUCUUCUGGUCAGUGGCAAUGGCAAAAUAUGUGUUUGUGGGGAUGAGACACAAAAGCCAUUCCCAUUACUUGUUUGGGACCUGGCAAAUCGAAAGCUACUUUAUGACCUUCGUAUUCCACACCAUGAAUUCAUUACUCGCCUUUCAGCCAUAUCUGGUGAUGGACACUACGUCGUCUGCGUUUGCAGGGAGCUGAGUGACAGUGCACCAAAUUUCAUCAUUGUCUAUGACCUGCAAAGUGGGACGUUGUUCAAGAAAUGGAAGCCUGAACGAAACAGUUGCAGCAUUGCUAUUUCCGCUCAAGGUGGCUGUGUUGUCAAUGGCCUUGACAAUUGUUUUGUCCUUGUGUGGGACCUUGCUACAGGAGCAAGAAGGUACACAUUAAAAGGUCACAAUGCUCCCGUAGAUCAAAUUCGGCUUGAUGAAUCAGGCUUCAAGUCACUUACUUACAACUCGGAUGGAAUCGAUAGAAGUGUUCGUGUCUGGGACGUCAUGAAAGGAGAGUGCUUGGCCGUGUUCACACCUGACUUGGCCGUGACCUGCUGUGAACUGACCCUGGAUGGAAAGGCAGUGGUGAUGGGCUUGGAAGGAUAUGAUCGUGUCUUCUGUCAUCUGCUGCAUGAAGGCGAAGGAGACCAGAGCCCAUCACAGUCUCGUCCUGCAUCAAACACUUAUGGCAACGCUAGCAACUGUGGCAAAGUUUUUGAUGUCAGCCAACAGGGCUGAGCUGCUGUUCAGCCACUGCCUCUGUUACCAACCCGUGAAAGUGGUAUGGUGGCUCAGCUGGUGCUAGCCAGAGUGAGAGAGAAGAAAAAUGGCUCAUUCAGUGCAGCUUCUUGUUCUGUCUAGCACCAGCUAGCAUUUUUUCUCAUGUCCCCUGAGCUACAGGUCAAGCAGAAUCCUUAAGUUGGCUUUUUGCAAGCUAACCCUGCCUAUACACAUGCAUCACACACACUUGCAUAGGCUGUAAGCAGUGAGAGUACAGAAAGGGCAAAGCUGGAGAUAUCAGUGGUCAUGAAAAAUCUUUAGCAAGUAUUCAUAUAUUACGAAAGAUGUGUUUACCUUAAUACGAAAACCAUUUGUGCAUCGAUUCAGCCAGCUUUGAAGCAAUUCAACUGCAUGUAACUGCAGCAUUCUUUGUCACAAAGCAGUUGAGGCUAUUGAAGGUUUGAGAGUAAAAUUGCCUAUUUAAUUGAAUGUGGAUCAAAACAUACAUCUACUGUAUUCCCUCAGGCAGUAUUAACAUUAUAAAUAUAGUACAUUAAAGAGGUACAGACAUAUGCUUAUUUUAGGGAGAUUGCACAUGCAAGUCAAGUAUUUUCUUAAUUCAGCCUCCACCAGAUCAUUAAAAUGGUAUAUGUACUAUAAAUUGACAUUUCAGUCUCUAAAAAGUUUGGAACACUGAAACACCAAAACACUAUGUCCCCCGCCAUGACCUUGUGCACAGCAUCAAGGAUAUGAUGAAAAAGUAUUGUAUUUAAUAAAUAAUAAAAUUUGUGGGAGGACGUUUGGUGACUCUGUAAGAAGCAUAUAUAUAAACUGUAAAGAGGAAAGGCACGUCAAGUUAGGAGGAGCAGACCAGGAUAAAGAUAAAGUAAAGAAGGUAUCUGCAAGGACAAGCCUCUUGUCUCCAACUUGUCAUUAUCAUGUUACAGCCUACAAUCAGUGAGCCUUAAGGGGCAUUCACAUGAGGGAGAAAUCUGCCUCCUUGCUAUUACACAGCUACAUCACACAGCCAUCAGCCCCUCUAAGCUCUCUGUGGGGAUGAGGGAGCGUAGUUCGUUUGAGAUCUACAAAAGGCCCCCCCUCGCGUGGAAAGAGCAGCACCCAGCCUUCAUCUGUGCAACUGCUCGGCAGCAGCACAUGAUGCUGGUGCUUCUGGGGAGAAUGAGGAGGCUCACCAGAUAUGACAUUAAGGAUAUCUUCACCCAUUAUCCCAGCAAGGAGUCCUUGGAAGAUCCUUAUUGAGGACCCGCCCUAUGGACUAAGGUCCUGUCAGACGGUGCAAGAUAUCGCCCACUUCGGCACAUGCGCAACUGUCUCUGCAGAAACAACGCACCACCUAGCUUCAUUUACGAACUGGACAUAGGAGGCAUGUGAGCUCUCGCUGACGUGCCGGGCUCAGACUUGUGGUUCUCGCAUGUGUUCUACCUACAGACAUACAUGUCUCAGCAGCAGGUGGUAUUCCAUCAAGCUCUGGCUGUUUGUGCACAUUGGCAUCAGAGGCAUCUUCAGUACCAGACUGAUCAUGAAGUUGCUCCAGAACUGACAGCAUGGCCAAGUGUAGAGAGGAAAGACACAAAGAAUGAGAAGGAGAAGAUGAGAAAGAUGAAGUAAGGAAGACAUUUGCUGGAAUUGGCCUCUUGUCUCUGCCUCAAACACACGCAUACACACUCUUUGUAUAGGAUGUGUAUUGCAUUUAUGAUAGAAUGUUUCAAUGUGCUGCAGCAUUCUAUCAGAAUGAUGCGCUGUUGUGUUUGCACAGGCGAGGCCGAGGCCUUGCAAACAGGAGUAGACUGGAACGUUAGACAUCUUUGUGCCAUUACCUCUUUCAUUGGGCUCUCACUUCCUUGCUCACUUGCAGUCGCACUGACAUCUGUAUUCAGAGCCAGCUUUAGGGGUAGGUGACCCCCGUGAAUGCCCAGGACACCAUCGAUAGAGGGAUGUCACUGCACACAUCUGUAAUUUUUCUUUAGAUUUCUGAUUUACCGUAGUUGAACAGUUGAACACAGUUACCAACAUGAUGGCGUAUGGUCUGUUCUCAUUCAGUAUUUGAAUGCUGUUUUUAGCUGACAAAAUUUUCAUAUUGUGCCCCUACUCACAUGUUUGUUAGCAAGAUAAUGUAGUACCAAUAGUAGGUAUUAGCGUAUUAAAACAAAUGAGGUGGGUGCACAACCGCCAGAGUUCACCCAGGGCUGUUCAUGGUGUUAGGGCAGCCCUGUUUGUAUUAUGUCUGCGGCAUUGUGACAUUGGCUUUCUUAAGUUUUGCCACAAAGCAGUUAAGCUCACCAAAUUUUUAAUGAGGUAUUUGGAGGAUUGGGGAAUCUCACAUUAUGUUUGGUGCAUGGUUCAGAAUAUUGAUAAAGGUACUUUCUCAUGCUGGAAUUUGUACAACAAAAUUUCACAUCAUAGCUGUGGAAGUACAGUACAUAGAAGCAUCAAACCUUGUUCAAUGAAAGUGUACUAUCAUGCACUUGUCCCCAGCAGACCUCUGCUUGCUGUGUUACAGUAUUUAGUUUCUCCUUCAUUACUUUCUUUUGGGAUUUUUUGUCACAUAGCCUUGUAAUGAAUGCAGCAGUUAGAAUUUCCUCAACACUGGUAGCCAACUUGGAAAAUAAUGUUUUGGUCACAUUUCACACUGGAAAAAAUGCCUGCUGUAAGCUGUUCGCUUGGAAGAAUGCUUUAUAUUACUGAAAUUGAGACACUUGCCUAGCAUUUAACUAAUGCAAGUUGGACAAGCAAAGUGCUUAUGUGAGCAGAAAGAAAAAAAUGUGGAGAAAUCUUGGUAACCGUGUGUGUGCGUGCGUGUGUUCUUAGUCCUUUAUGUUCACCUACUGAUUCUACAGUUUGUUGGAAAGUUGUUUGCUUCCCCAUUAAUAUUGUCGUCUUGUGUGCUGAUGGCAUUGUAGCUAUAAAUUCUUUAUAGGCUUUACAAGUUUAUAGGCUUGGCUACAAGAGGUGCUUAGUUCAACCUCCACCACCAGACACUCACAGGUUUAUAAGACAGGUACCGUACUCACGGAUUGAAACACAAUAUCGUUUUUUUUUUUUUAAGUAUAAUAACUGCUAUGAGCAACUACUCGUGAUAACUGCAUCAUGUUACUGAAAUCUAGCCACUAAAAGUAAUAAUGGCUCUGACGUCAGUGUUCGAGUCAAAAUUAUGCUGGUAUGCCACGAACUGUAGGUGCUGGAAAUGAAAGUACGUGCAUUACUUAGCCUUGAAUUUUUGCAUUUAAAUAAAUGAGUACUGUACCAGCAGCUACUUUAGCAGGCAUCCAGUUUUCCAGCGGUGUGUUGCUUGGGAGAGGUUUGCAUAGACCGCUAUGUGUUAUGUGUAAAAAUGAAAACAAAGCUGCCACAACUCUUUUUCCUAUGACCACCAGUUUUUUCUAAUAGUACGGGACCACAAAAAAUGCUGAAAAAAAUGAAUUCGUAAAAAAAUUAUACUAUUGCAUUUUACUUUGUGAACAGCUGGGUAGGUUAUAAACACACUCUUUUCUCAGGCUUGCAACAAAGCAUGCCAUUACAUGCUUGAUUUUUUUUUCUUAGCCUUCUUUUGCAGCUGCUACGUGCAGUCUGAUGUGCAAUGUUAGUGGCAAAGGGUGAAAAAGAACAAUUACAAAAACAGCUCGCAUAGCUUGGAUGAGCCUAAAAAAAUUAAGAUCUUGAUACCGCAAUGGGUUUAUUCAGUGUUCACUCAUUUAUGUCACCAUUAGGCUUAGCAGUGAAACAGCAUGGAAAGACAACAAACUAUUUUACCACAUGAAAUGAAAGUUUCAUCAUUUACAAUGGCAAUGUUAAAUGACGUGGAAUAUGCAGAGUUUGUCUGAAAAAUUAACUCUUUUCGUACUGCGGCCAUAGGGCAUCGAUAACCCGCUAUCGAUGGUUUGAAUUGCCGCUUUUGAGACAUUCCACGCCAUUCACGGACACAUAGUACCAUGCGUCGUGAAGGAGAAGUAGUACAGUUUUCUUCUUUAUGUAGUUUGCUUUUUUUUCUUGCAUGGCCUUGAUUUUUUAACGCACUGCGAAGUUGCACGAUCAUCUAAGAGGAAAGUGAAACGGCCGCCGCCAGAUCCAGCACACGCGCGCUUCGAAAGAUUGCCGAUAUCGGCGGUCCGGCGUGUUUGUGGCUUAUUGUAUUAAUGUAACAAGCAGCAUUGAGUCUGAGGACACUGCUUUUUGGUCGGACUUUGGCUCUGAGAGCAAUGACGAUGCAAACCAGCUCGUAACAUUGGUGAGCUUUGCUUUCUGCUUCGGGCCGUCUCAGUUUGUGUUUCAACACCAGCCUGCCAGGAUGGAAACUUGUAGAAACUGUAAGAAAUUCAAGUGCGACUAGAAAACCAAGCAGAAACAAGAGUUUAAUGCAAGACAUGCGACAUUACGCUAUGCUUUACAUCGAGGAACUCCUUUGCCACACGACACGCCCAAUUGUAGUGUUUAUAUUAAGAUUUUUGUCAGGUAAGUACUGUUCAAUGUACAAGUUUUAAUUUUUUAGGGAUGGUGCCGAUUAGAUGAUGGUACAUUUUGUAUAUCUCAUAAGUCCUGUUAUAUGUUCUUCUCAGAAGAUAGAAGCGUGUCUUUGCAAACUCUUUUUAAUUUUGUCCUGUGAUCCUUAAUUUGGCAAUUUAUAUCGUUCGCUUAACAUAAAUCUCGUUAAUGAAACUUGUAUGAGUGAAAAGUUUAUUCAUUCUGCUUUUCAUUGAUGUAUUACAUAAAAUAUUGGGUGCAGUAGUUCCUUCAGCAAAAAAGAUCUAGUGUAACCUACAAUAAACACCUAUUUUCCCUGCAGUACGGAAAGAGCUAAGAAACCAUAACAAAGUUUGAAUUGCCAUUAUAAAAUAGACCCCUACAAAAGCCAUUGCAGUGCCACCAUAAAGACCAAAUAAUAAGAGAAGCAGAAAAAGAAACGGUUGGCUGCCACGAAAGCAGUCAAAAAGAGAAGCAACUGCAGGGGCAUUGCCCAGAUUUUUUUUUUUUGGGGGGGGGGGGGGGGGGGGGGGUUGUACAUUUCAGGCUCCUCAGCCCCAGGCUAUGCCUAUACGCCUCUGAGCAACCGGUAUGCUUUGUUUAAUAAUUGGCACUUUGCCAUGGGCUUUGCUUCUACUUAUAGUACCUUUCACCUAAAUCAGUAAAAUUUUCCUCCUGAGUUAUCUUCUGAGAUUUUAACGCGUUAGCGUUAGCUCAUUUCGCAGAAAUUCCGCUGUCGGCAUCGGUGACUGCGUUGGUGACGCUGUCGCUUGUGAGCAAAAAAUUGUCCAUGACCGAAAAAUCAAGAAAGAUGCAAAUAAAAUAAACAAUAAAAAUCUUCGGUCCCAUUCAGGAUCGAACCUGGGCCAUUUGCGUGGCAAGCAGGUGUCCUACCACAAAGCCACUAUGUUACUUGCAACUGCUUCGAAAAAAAAAAACACUGCAUAAAUGCCAUGUAGUGGAAGGAGUCUCCUUAACGCAUUUUGUUCGGCUGGUGUUACGACGAAAAUGAGCCCAUUCGGCAAUUUGUAAGCGCAUUGGCGAGGCCAUCAAACUACGCUUUUUGCACGACGCCAUGCUUCGAAAAAAGCCGGGAUAGUGCACCCAUCGCCGCUAAAAAUACACACAAACUUGCAAACAGCUCCAAAAAUGGACUACUAUGUCCAUGUAGCAGAAAACAUAUCAAGCAAACAGCAAACAUUAGAUAAUGUGCUACCAUCUGUGAGGCAUUGUGAGAAACAUGUCUCAACUCUAGCACAGGGAAGUGCUUUAGAUCGAAAACCUGUACCAUUACUAUAGAUACAUUGUAGCCGCGCAUGUGUGUGUCUGUGUGCAUGUGUGUGUAACGACACACAUUAAUAAGUAUGCACUUAGUGGUUGAAGUGUGCACUAGUAGACGGAUUUCGCUGUCACAUUCAACUCUUAAAGGCGAAGCUUAAAGGUCCCCCAAUUUUUUUCAGAGGUUAUUUUCUGUGUUAUUUUCUUCAUUUUUUGUGACUGGAAAUGUUCCUAACAAAUGUAAACCGAAGCAUCUUACCAUAAAAUGAAUGCACAGCAUUUUAGUUGAAAAGUCGGUAUGUCUGUACCUCUUUAAGUAGCUGCCUUUUUGCAUAUUUUAUAGCAGAAAGGAAAACAUCAUAAUACAUUUUACAGAGGUAUUCAAUUAAUUUAAUGCCAAAUCAAUGCCAACAUGUCACUAAAGCCCCAGUGCAAGUUGAUGCAGUGUUACUGUUUAUAAAAUGCCUUCUGUAGCCACCAAUACCACAGAAGCCCAUAAAUUAAGGUGCCAGUGGUAGCUUGGUUGUUUACCCAAGAGAAGUUAUGCACAUCCCAGCUUUUGGAAUAUAGUGCCAUGUGUUAUGAUGUGUGAAGUUGGAAUAACAUAAGAGAUGUUUGUUGCUUGACUUGUAGAACAAAUGCAAUAGGUUUGAGCUGUGCGAUCUAUUGAAAGUGGCCUGUGCAGCUGUUCACAGAAGUUUUCAGAGCAUAGAAGCAAUGACAAGCUCACUUAACAUGUGGUCAAAGGACACGUAAGGAAUUUAGUGGUUUAUACUCGUGAACACGAAAUGCACUUUUCUGGAUGAGGCUGUGUGCCAGUACUACAAGCAAUUAUGGAGUUUUAGAAGUAGCACCAUCUAGCUGCUUCGUGUACCCAAAAGCUUUUAAAUCCUUUGCAGACUUCUUGCAUUCUUUUGUAUGAUUGGCAAUAGUGUUCCCUAACUUUGGGUCUCCUAUUUUAAAAGCUUCCUUUUUUUUUUUAUAAACUCUGUGAUCCAAAAACUUGUGUGACCAGCUGUGCCAUGUAUGUGAAUGCACUUUGUAACAGGCAGGGCACAUAAACAGGACCAGUAUUCACAGGACUUCAGUCACGUAACUGUGAUUCUUUUCUGGCUGGCAUUUGGGCAGCGGCAACUCACAAUAGCCACCUGCAUGAUAAACAGCCAUAAUGUGGGCAGUCAUCUACAAGCAGCACAUAUGUGAAAGAAGUUCUGUGAACACAAUUCCAGGUCUGUAGCUCACAAAAAAUAUGCAUUGCGUGACUCAUUUCAGCAUAAAAACAGCCAGAAUCUCGCUUUUGUUGUUACCUUAGAGAAGCACACUGGUGCAUUGCCGGUGUUUUCCUAUUGUAGAAGCAUUACUGUGUUCUGUGCAAGUGGCUUUCGUCCUUCAAGCCUUUGCCAACUUUGUGUAAUGCCAAACAUGCUGCAGCUUCAGUCAUCCAAAAAACUGCCCUUAGCGUCUACUACACAUAUAAACUUUCUAUGAUGCAAACAUUUUGAUGCAUGGUUAACUGUCCAUUGUCUUUUUAAAGACUGCCAAUUUUGUCCACUUUUGAAGUGGUGGCAAAGCUCAUUGAGAGGUGCUUUUACAGGAGCCCUUGUGCACUUGCAUCUGCUACUCAAGGUACUCUCCCAGAAGCAGUCAAGAAGCACAUCUACAUUAUUGACAACUGUGCAGGUCAGCCAUUGAAAUAUUCCUUUCAUAGUGCA